CUCAGCCGGAAUAGCUGCUGACAGUGUUUGAGCAUGUGUUUACACUGAGGCUAGCUGCUUCAACUACUGUCAGGAAAACUGUGGAGAGUCCUUGUCUACGUUUCUGUUGACCAACAUGUCUUCGAAAAGCAACGAAAACGACGAUAAUUUGGAAGAAGUGUCUGCAAUUAAGGAGGAACUGAACAAGAAGAUCAAGGAGCAGAAGGUUGUUGUGGACGAGCUCUCCAACCUGAAGAAGAACAGGAAAGUCUAUAUCCAGCAGAGGAACAGUAACAUAUUCUUCCUGGCAGACAGAGGUCAGACACUGAGUUCAUGUAAAAAGGAACUGGAUAAUAUGAAAAAGGAUCUACAGGAUUUAUAAAAAGGACUUUCAACCCAACAAUGUGUGGCAUCUUUUGUCUGUUGAGUUUGUUGUCUGCUCAUUCUGAGUGGGACAAAGCAGUUUAUGAACAUUUGAAAA